AUGCCUCUCGAAGCAACGAUGAUAUGUGUUGACAACAGCGAAGCUGCACGAAAUGGCGAUUAUCUUCCUACUCGAUUCCAAGCGCAAUCCGAAGCAGUUUCUCUAAUCUUCAAUGCCAAAACGCAGUCCAAUCCCGAGUCUGCAGUUGGCCUACUAUCAAUGGCAGGCACCUCCCCACAAGUCCUGAAUACACCUACGACGAAUUUUGGUGCUGUGCUUGCUGGGUUACACGAUACUAAGAUCAAGGGUACCGUUCGAUUAGGGACCGCAAUAAGUGUGGCCAUGCUAGCGCUGAAGCACAGAGCGAACAAGUCACAACGGCAGCGAGUCAUCGUCCUAAUGUGCAGUGAGAUCGAGCCUACCCACGAUAGCAAUGACAGUGAGAAAGAGUUGAUCAAGUUAGCCAAGAAAUGCAAGAAGAACAACGUAUCUGUCGACUUCGUGGCGUUUGGAGAUGCUACAGGUUCAGAAACAAGAUCUACAUUGGAGAAGUUCAUUGAGGCUGUAGGUGGCGCGUCCAGUAAUGAGGGCAACUACCUUGCUGUGAUACCGCCAGGACCAGGCCUACUUUCUGACACUCUAGUCACCACGCCGAUAGUCAACAGUGGCGCGCCUGGUGGAGGUGAUGGUAUGGAGGGUGUCGAGGAUACUGGCGCUGGUGCUGGUGGCUCAAACGGCUUUGAGUUUGGGAUAGAUCCUGCUACAGAUCCAGAACUUGCCAUGGCCUUGAGAAUGAGUAUGGAGGAGGAACAGAACAGAUUAGAUCGUGAGAGGCGGCAGCAAGAACAAAACGGAGAAAGAAUGGAAACCAUAACAGAGGAAGGUGGUUCGACAUCGAAUGAUUCGAAACAACCUAGGGUAGAAGAUGACAAGUCUGACGGCAAGUCAUGA